CAAUAUGUUUUCUUUCCAUUUCUAGGUUACCUCGUGGCGAAGUUUUGAGCGAUCCAGCAGUUAUUCGGAAGCUAGCCUGAUCCGUUUUAAAACAAUCCGAAACUAAACUAAAUAUCGCGGACUUUUUACCCGCGGGUUGUUCCUUUGUUGAUAAGUGAAUAAGAAAACUAAAACAAGCAGAAUGAGCGUGAUAAUACGUUUGCAAAACUUGCCCUGGUCGGCAAAUGCACUGGAUGUUCGAAAUUUCUUUAAAGGUCUGUCGAUCCCGGACGGCGGAGUUCACAUCGUAGGAGGAGAAAUGGGAGAUGCGUUUAUUGCUUUCAGUACGGACGAAGAUGCACGCCAGGCGAUGAUGAUGAAUGGCGGCAAAAUUAAGGAGGUACAAAUCACGUUGCUUCUUUCAUCGCGUGCCGAAAUGCAAAAGGUCAUCGAGGAAGCACGUCGCACCACGCUGUCGUUUAUGCAACUGUCCUCCCAGGGUAGUCAACCGACUCUUGUAGCUCCAAAGGUGACCUCUUCUCCCACGCAACCGGUGCAACAGCAUCUGCAGCAGCAGCAGCAGCAACAACAGCAUCCAAAACCUCAACCGCCAGUCAUAAGCUUGUCCGGAUUCUUGGCGCAAAAUUUGAACCAGCAAAAAGCUCAAGGCAUCUAUUCGGAAAUUCCUGGAUUAGGAUUUUUAACGACUGGUGGGGCUGGACUAUUCCAGACCAAUGCUCCCGCUGCUGGAUUAUUUUCGGCACUCAAUGCUCAAGGCUACGGAGCAACCACGGCGGCGGGUGCCAAUUCAGCCUUUACACAACUUUCGGAGCAACUAAAAAAAGCUACUGAAGCAGAGAAUGCUGCCGCAAACAAAAAUGAAUUUGGCAGUUUGUCUGGCAAUGUAAAAGGGGAUUCAGGACAGAAAAGGGAUUCUGGAUUGAAGAAAGAUUCUAUGGUGAAGCGAGAUUCUGGAGAAAAGUCAAGCCGGUACAGCAGAUCGACGUCGAGGGACCGUGACCGGAAACGAUCUUCGCGCGAUCGAUCGCGUUCGAGGAGUCGGGAUCGUGGCAGACGUCGAAGUGGCCGUGAUCGCAGUCGCAGCAGAAGCCGUGAUCGGCGUAGCAGAAGCAGAAGCAGAGAUCGCCGGGACAGAAGGCGCCGUUCACGAUCACGUGAUAUACGAGAUAAUCGCACGAGAGACCGAAGCCGUGAAAAGGAGGUUAAACCUUCAAUCAAAGAGCCAAAGGUUUCUCGUUUCAGCGAUCGUACAGAUAUCAAACCCAUGGUGCCUGUUGUGAAGCCGCUGUCUAUCCCACCCGUCAUUAAACCCCAACCUUCGUUUAUCAGUCCUUGGGAAACGCCGAUACAACAGAAUUUGAUGAAGUUGGCUACUGGCAACGUGGACCCUAGAUCAACAGUUGCAAGUCCAAACCUCCCAGCAGCUCUGUUGUCCAACCAAAAUGAGAAACUUAGUCAAAAUCAAAAUAAUCUAGCAAGUAGCACCGUAGCGCCCUCCUUCCAGAACGCAAUGUUCCCAGCUGUUAACUAUGGCACCUUCCAGGCCUCAAAGCCGCUGACACACGAACACAUCAACAAACUGCAAGAGUUGCAAACUAGGAGGGAUCCUAGGAUUUUCCAACAGACAGGUGGAAAUGGCAAUGGUUUUGGUCAGAACAAUUCAUUUGGAUUGGCUCAGAAGAACAACCGACCCAACAAUAACGAAGACAGAUACGGAGGUGAUCAGUCAUCGAAUGAUAGCUAUUCUCGAGGAGGCGGUCGCGAUUCAGAUUAUCAUGAUCGUAGAUCCAGCCCGCAAUCUGACCAAGAAGAUGAUUUGAGUCAAUCGGUGAAAAUUUCCAAUCUUGAGACUGCAACAGGAUAUGGCGAAAUUAGGAGAUUUUUCUAUGGUCAGUCCAUUUCUAGUAGUGGAAUCAAGAUGAUAAACGAUCGCAAUGGUCGUCGAACAGGCGUUGCUUUUGUUCGGUUCUUGCGAAGGGACGGAAAACGCUAUGCCAUGUCCAGAGAUGGGAUGCUACUUCGCCGCUCUGCUGUUAAGAUCGAAUCUAUCAGCAAUAAGGAAUUCGAAGAAGCUGUUGAUUCCUACCGCCCAGGUUAUGAUGAUGAUGAUAAUAGCUGGAGUGCGAAAGACAAUCGAAACACAGACGACGUCACAAACAUUGAAGAUGAUUCUAGUUCAGCAGCAGUUGUAUCGGGUUCGUUAGUCAUCCCAAAUCUGCCAAACAUGACAACAGAAGUGGAUGUCAUGAGAAUGUUCUCGGAUUUCACUGUGAUGCAAGUUUUGGUGAUAAAAAAUUACAAAAAUCCAAAACAGCUAGAUGGUUACGCCAAGUUUGGAAAACCGGAGGAUGCGAAACGAGCCUGUGAAAGUACCCAUAAGCAUUACAUUAGAAGUCGGCGAGUUUUUGUGAAGCCGUGCAGUGCUAUUGAAUAUGAUGCGGCCAAAAACGAGUAUGAUAUGCCAAUGAAUAACGAAGACGACAGCAAUGAUGCGGAAUCACAGGACAAAGAAGACAUAGCCGUUGUUCUCGAUGACUCUACACAAGAAGUUAUCGAGAUACCUAGUGAAAAUACCAAGCCUUCACAAGAAGUUCACAUGGAUUUGGUCGACGACGAAGAUACGGAACAAGAACAGCAGAUAGACACCGUGGAACUGGGCGAUGAUUCAAAUGAUAACAAGGAUAAUGACGUUCAAGAAACAGGAUUUGGAGGCUCUGAACAGUGGGACGAAGAACAAAACUGCUCUCAGUUUGGGAAUCGUGAUCCAAGGUCUAGGUUUGACGGAAAUAACCAACAAUCUCAACAAACGCAACCCCAUGAGCAAGCGCCCAAGCCACAACGUUUUGGAUCAGGUCCAGGGUUCGGUGGUGACUUCAACAGAGAUCCGCGUCGUCGUCAAGAUUUUUCGAAUGUUCCUCAAAAUCAGCAACAGAAUAACAAUAAUCAAAAUUCUAAUUUCGACCAACAAAAUAAUGAUAACUUCGGCAAUAAUCAAUCUCAGCCUUGGUCAAAUCAAAUGAACAACCGAGACGAUUACAAUCGAAACAAUUUUAAUGACAACAACGAUCAAGAUUGUAUUGAAUCCAGAUGCAUCUUCAUAAAUAACUUGCUGUUCACUAUGCAAGAACCGGAGCUCCAGCAGUAUUUCAACCAGGAAAGGAUUAACGUCAAACAAGCGCGAAUGUUGCGGAAACCGAAUGGCCGAGCAACGGGCGAAGCUCUGGUAGAGUUCCAAUCGCCUCAGGAAGCGGAAAAAGCUAUGAUGAGAAAUUAUUCGCAGAUUAGCGGUCGAAAAGCAUUUUUCAAGCGGUUAAGUCGGGAUCAUAUUAUGGAAAUCAUAAACCGAUUCAAUCAAGAGCCGGGACCGUUUGGUGGUGGCCCACGGUUUCCUCAAAGUGGACCUAGAUUUGAUAACAACAACUUUGGCGGAAGAAAUAAUUUUAAUAACCAGAACUUUGGAAACAACGAUUUCCGUGGUAAUAAUUUUGGAAACAAUAACUUUAAUAACCGAGGUUUUGGAAACAACAACUGGAUGAAUAACCAAUUUGGAAACAAUAAUAACUUUGGAAAUAACGCCAACCCAGGCAAUUACGGGAACAAUGAAGCUAACAAUUCGGGCAAUAGUUUUGAUCAGUUUUCCAAUAAUGGAAACAAUGACGCUAACAAUUUCAACAAAAACUUUUCAAAUAAUGAAAAUAGCGAAGAUGAACAUAAUCUUGAAAAUGAAAAAUUUUCUGAUAAUUCUUCAAACAAUCCGGAUAGCCAGGAUAAGUCCGAAUGUGAAAGCCCGGAAGAUAACAGUCAAUCAAAUGACGUUGUUGAGAGCACUGAUUGUGUAGAAGAGCCUAUGGAGAAUGGUUCAGCGGAGGCAAAUUCGAACAACAGUCCGAAGACUGAUGCCCCAGAAGAUCCCCCUGUUAGGCAACCAAAUUCACACGAUUCGGAACACACAUUUGACUACAGUGAACCCACAAUGGAUGGUUUCAGUGUGCAAGAUUCGGAAACAUCUGAAGCCCCCAAAGAAGAUCAAUCCGAACAAGCCCAAGUAGACCAUCAAGAACCCUCAGAUCAAAACAGUCAGCGAUCGGAAAAAGUUGAAGAUAAUCAGCAGCAGCAACAGCAACAGCAUCAACAAGAGCAGCAACAACAACAACAUCCGAUCAGUGGCAACAUCAUGUCAUUGGCAAACCUUCCAUUCCGUGCAUCAAACGAGGAGAUUGUCAAAUUUUUCGGUCAGUACAACAUAACUUUAGAUGACGUGAAGAGGAAAUAUUUGCCGGAUGGACGAUCCACCGGCUACGCAAUGGUUCGCUUCCGCAGCGCGAAUGACGCAGAAAGUGCCCUCAAAUCUCACCAGAAGCAAAGUAUGCAGGGACGGACGGUACGGAUGUGGAUAAUGGACGAUUGAGAGUAAGCCAGGAAAUUUUCAUGGCAACAGCGGUUUUUGAGAGGGUGACCCGGCGAACGAUCCGACGUUUUUGAGCGGAUCCGGAGUAUAUAGGUACUAAUCACUAAGUUCAGUUUAUAAGUUUUUUUUUCUGUAUCGGAACAUACAACAACUUUAGGAUUGAAUUCAACAAUAAAACUGGUUUUAAAUCGAUGAAUUUAAUAAGUGCUUGUAAAUAUGAUUCUCAGAUAAGUAUGAAUAAAUUACGCAUAAUAUCCAA